AUGGUGUGCAGCAUCAGAGAUUCUUCCUCUUCAAGCGAGCGUUUGCACUACGCCGAGGUGGUGCUGGAUGAUAAAGUCUCACUUCAAGAAUCCAAGCGACUGCCUAAUGUGACGAUCGUGGAUUUGCAAAGCAGUGGACUAGCCGAGAUGAACCAGAUCUCGGAACGAGAGGUCAUCGCCAGGAAGAAAAGCGUCUGGUUACUGGCUUUCUGCUGCAUUGGCAUCAUGGUGUCCUUUACACUCAACGGUGUGGUGCUGGAGAAGAUCACGACGCAUCGCGUAUUGGGUGAGCUGUCCAUGACCUUUUUCUUUUGCAUCUUUAAUUCAGUAGUAGCUAUUGGAUUGAGUCACGUUCGUAAGGAGAAGUCGUCCACGAUGCCGCAAAGUUUCUUGGCCGUCGUGGGAGCGCUUGCUUUUAGCUCAACUAUCGCAUCCAUGGUGGCACUGCGCUAUGUGACGUACAUUACCCGGAUCUUGGGCAAGUCGUGCAAGUCCAUUCCCGUUAUGAUUAUGGGCGUUGUACUCGGAAAGAAGUACGCGUUCAAGAAGUACGUGUCGGUCGCUGUACUCUCCAUUGGUGUAGCAGUGUUUCUGCUGGGAACAGCUCAUGAGAAGCAGCACCGCGCAGCACAGCACAAUGAGAGCCACGACAGUUUGCCAGAACACGAGCGUACUUCUAAUAUGGUGCUAGGGUUUUCGCUACUAGUACUCUCGCUAAUAUUUGAUGGUGCAACUGGUGCCCUUGAGGAUAAGUUCAUGGAAACUUAUCAUAUCGGUGCCUUUGACCUCAUGUACUACGUCAACAUGUACAAGGCUCUUUUUUCAGCGGCUGGAAUGGCAAUCAAUGGCGAGGUGCCAGUAUUUCUCCAAUACGUGGUGCCGUCGCUGCCCAACCUCUUGAUGCUCAGUUUGACGGGCGCCUGUGGUCAAGCCUUUAUUUUCUAUACCAUUAGCAAUUUCGGUGCGCUGACCACGGCCAUUAUCGGCACGUGCCGCAAGGUGCUGAGCAUCGUGCUUUCGGUCUUCGUGUUCGGCCACGUGUUGUCGCUGGAGCAGGCGAUGGGUCUGGGACUCUCUUUUGCAGGUAUCGGACUCAAUUGGGUGAACAUCAGGAACUGCUUUGUCAAGCUCUCGCACGCACAUACCGCUGCGGCGGAGCCCUUUGGAAUGGACGGUUUGUCAAAAGAGGGUUUACUUGAAAGCAGCAGUGACGAUACUGCCGACUCGGAGUCCGACGAGCAGGAAGUACAAAUCGCAACUCACGAUGAAGCUGACGAUGAGAUAUCGGCGGAGACGGCUCGUAAGCUGGAGCUGGUCAACAUGUGGCACCGUCAAACAGCUUGUGAAUCCGAGACGUCAUCGAAUGACGAGAACACGUCUGACACCAAUGAAGUGGCUGUGCAGGCAGUGUAA